AUGCUCCGUCUGAAAUCUAGGCUUUCUGUUGUGGAUUUCACACAACUGUUAACCGCCCUGGUUCGAAUGGAAGAGUACUCCGUUGCCGUCUCUAUGUUUAGAGAAUUGCGUGUUUUAAGGAUUCCUGUUGACAUUGUUACUUUUAAUACUGCCAUCCAUUCCUGUUGUCACUUGAAUACACUUGAUUAUGCCUUUUCAUUGCUUGCUGGAAUCAUCAAGAGUGGUUGGGUACCUGCUGUCUUUACCUACAACACUCUCAUCCAGGGCCUUCUAUCUCAAGACAGGCCUUUGGAGGCUGGGGAUUUGUUUAAGAAGCUUAUCAGAUUUCAAGAAAUUCAGCCCAAUGUAGUUAUGUAUAACACCAUCAUUGAUGGUCUCUGCAAAACUUCAAAUACGUCCAUGGCUCUCAAGUUGUCAAGAAAGAUGGAGAACAUAGGUUGCAGACCCAAUACUGUAACUUAUACCUCGAUUAUUGAUUCUUUGUGCAAAGAGGGACGAGUUGAUCAUGCAUUGGAUCUUGUGUCUGAAAUGACCCACAAAGGCAUAUCACCAGAUGUUAUAACCUAUAACAGAUUAUUUCAAGGUCUUUGCACCUCUGGCCGAUGGGAGGACACUGAGCGUUUGUUAACUAUAAUAUAUUAG